GCCCUCCACUUCAAUCGCCUUCUCGUUGCCAGGAAGGAGUUGAGCAGCCAUGGCUCAGGGAAGGGGCAGUGCGAGUCACGUCGUGGCCCUCGGGAUUGCACUCCUUUGCCUUCUCCUUCUCUGCGAGAUCGGUGAAGCAGCCGUGUACACUGUGGGGGACAGUCAGGGAUGGACCUUCAACACCGUCGGCUGGCCCAAAGGCAAGCGUUUCAGGGCCGGAGAUGUGCUCGUGUUCAAGUACAGCUCGACGGCGCACAACGUGGUGGCGGUGAACGCCGCCGGCUACAGUAGGUGCACGACGCCGAGGGGGUCGAGGGUGUCCAAGACCGGGAACGACCGCAUCAGGCUGCGUAAGGGGACGAACUACUUCAUCUGCAACUUCGCGGGGCACUGCCAGGCGGGGAUGAAGAUUGCUGUGACUGCAGCUUAGUGACGACCUGUGAUGCAAGUAUAUGGGACGAACUACUUCAUAUAGUGUGAUAGACAUGAAUAAAUGCACCGGCUGCUUUGGUCUUGCACAACUGCAGAAUGUAGUAGGGAUUGAUCGUAGUGAUCUACUCUGAUAUGAUGAUGAUAAGGAAUAUGAUUGAAUGAUCAUGUAUCCUAAAAACUUAAAUGUUUAAGGAUAAAUCUGAUAUAUGUCAUACGUGGAUCUAUUUAUUCA